AUGGCUGGGACAACUUCUUCGGCCGCGGAGAUGAUCUCUCAACUUGAAGCGGCGCGUAAACUCGCCCUAGGAGAUCCUCAAGUGUACAACCAGGUCCUACCCGGGAUCUUGCCCAUCGUUGGCCCCUCAGCGCAUGUCGAAGUUCGAAGAUGGGGCGCGGAUUUUCUCGCAGAAGCAUUCGCAAGCCCCUCUCUGCCAAAUGCACAAAAAGAACAGCUCUCCUCAGACGUGUUACCCACCCUACGAGCCAUGUUGGAAGCACCGGGAGAAGAUCCCGCGGUGACCAAAAGCGUGAUUCAAGCAGCUGCUAGUCUAUACCCUCUGGUGUUCAGACGAGUAAUAUCGCACCCCACAGAAGCUGCGUUGUGGCAGGAGAUGAGUUGGACGAAAUUGAACAUUCUCCAGCGUAUGGACUCUGCUCCCAUCGCAGUCAGAAUCUGUUGCAUCAAAUUUGUACAAAAGGUCGUCCAAGUAGAGACCCCUGGUUUGAUCUCAGAUCCUCGACGUCCCGAGCAAAAUGAGACAUCCAUCGCCUUGGUUCCGCGAACUCACCCUCUACUGAACCUCCCCAAUCUGGAGGCAGAGGCGUCUGGUCUGCUGGACAGACUGUUGAGUGUGUUCCAGGAAAACACAAUGGAUCCCAUUCUUGUCGAUGCGACCCUUAACUGCCUGGCAGUUCUUAUUCGAACACGCCCUCCUAUUUCUACCAAGAUUGUCUCCGCUAUUCUCAACUUCAACCCACUGAAACAAGCAAAUUCUCCCAUGAACCCACGACUGAUGGUCAUUGUAAGGUCGAUGGAGAGAACAACGAGGGCUCUGUUACGAUGGGCUCUGAGGGCUGUUCCGAACCAUCCUUUGGAACAGAAGAUCCAGGCGUACCUCAUGCGCCUUCAGCAGUCCCGUUCAGCCUUGUUUGCAGAACCCACAGCCCAGAAACGCCCGGCAGAACCCACGGACGGGUUGGAUGACGCAAAGAGACAGAGACUCACAGCAGGAAUUCGCAAGUUUCCGCCAAUGCCGCCACCGCCGAAUACCUACGCCCACUUAUUUACGCUUACUGAAGAUCCCAGUCUUCAGCAAUUUGACGUUACUCUUCUCCCUGCCGACAUUGUCAGCACCGUAACGGCGGUUUUCUUGCAACAUGUGGAUUCAAAUUCUCUGGAUGGAGCUAUUGACGCCAUCCGAUCUAGAUACACUCACUUACAGAAAGUCAAUCAACCCACUCCCAUUCCCGAGGUGCCCAUGCUUGGUCCCACAGGGAUCGAUGACGAGGACGAGUAUGAACCUGAGUUUGCUCCUGGCCCAGAGGCAAUGGUUGAGUCAACUACAGAGAGAGCCUUGGAAGAGCUUGCGCAACCUGCUAUCGAGUUGGGCCCGUUCGAGCUACCGAAGCCCCCACCGUUGACUGGGGCAGAAGUCGCGACGUUAUCGGAUCAAACCGUUGGACAUGUCUUUCAGCUCGUUGCUUCUCUUGAGGCCGCAGGGUACUUUCAUACGAAACAGCAAUCAGGUCUGAAUCGAAUCGCCGCCAGCGGUAAUGACCGAGACUCCUGGGCCACAAUCCUCAUACGCUUGGCCACCAGAGCCCCAACAGGACUCGAUGAUCUCUCCAAGGCACUGAAUGAAGAUGAUGAGGAUCCCACCAGGCAGCUCAUUAAAUCAGAAAACACCGAAGAAACACCAAAUGUCGCAAACCGCAUCCGCCAGACCCUUUUCAUGUACGUCCUUGAAGACUUCCGACCGCGCCUUAACAUGGCCAUCUCCUGGUUGACGGAAGAAUGGUACGCCGACAAAAUUACCGCAAAGACACAUCCCGAGCUCAGCCAUCUACCAAACUACACCCGAUGGGCGAAUCGUUUCAUUGAUCGCCUUCUACCUUACCUCGACGCCCGAGAUAAAAACCUUUUGAUUCGAUUCCUUUCUGAAAUACCCAGCAUUGAUCGCGAAAUCUUGAGUCGGGUAAAGAGCUUGGCGAGAGAUCCAGAAAGGAUUAGCAUGUGUAUUCUUGCAAUGCAAUAUCUCUUGCUGAUGAGACCACCAGCCAGGGAGAUGGUGCUGGAUACAAUCGAAGUCAUCUGGAGGGAGGGAGAUGAUCAAGCUAGAGGAGCGACCAAUAAGGUGCUAGCGAAAUGGAGGCCCGGAUUCCUGGAACAGGCCGUGAAGGAGGAAGUGGAAACCAAGACGACUGUCAAACAGGAGAUGAAGAUGAACGGGGUUACGAGUCAUGUCCCUGCUGCGCCAGACGUUACUGCGGAUGCAUCGGAGUCGAUGAGCAUGGAUCCCAGAAAGAGGAAAGCGCUUGCAGCCGCAAAUGGAUGA